AUGAUCAACCCCGUCGCUACCGUUGAAAAGUACCCACUGCCUCGGAUUGAAGAUCUCUGGUCGGCAUUGGUUCCCCCGUACCACCCUGCUUCAAAUGGUGCAGCUGAGCGGGUGGUGCAAACUAUUAAGGUCAAACUUAAGAAGAGCCAGGCUCGGAAUUUCCGUACGCAAGUUGCCCACAUGCUUUUCCAAUACCGGAAUACACCCCAUGAUGUCACCGGCCGUGCCCCCUGUGAGCUCCUGCUGGGACGGAUGGUGAAGACACCGUUCGACAUUUUGCAUCCAGACCUCCGGUCCACGGCGCUGCUCAAGCAGCUGAAGCAGAAUCUGGCUGCUGACAAAGGGUGCCGUCCUGGAUUGUUGCCUGAGCCUGGAGUGCCAAUAUUCGCCAGGAAUUUCCGUUCUGGCCCACCUUGGUCUGCUGGACAAGGGUUCUUGCCUGCAAGCUCCUCCUCUCUGCUCGUACGUAUGCAGGAUGGAACCACAUGGCACCGGCAUGCUGACCAUGUGAGGGCUAACCGCGGGACCCGGCUUGCAUCCACAGCAGCACCAGCUGCAGCCAGUGAGACGACAACCACUACGCAAGGGACAGGCGCCUCCAGUUGUGCGCCACUAGUUGGGCCACCGCCAAGUUCACUGCCAUUUCUGUCAACCACGGCAGAGCCUCAGGAUGAAUCAAGCACGGCUCAGGCAGCACCUGGUGCUGCCGCACCUAGUCCCUCAACACCUACUAUGGUCAGCUCAAACAGCUCUACUGUUAAAAAGCUCGAAGCUCAGACCUACACCAUACAUCAUAGCCGGGUGGGCACAGAUGCCCACUUGGUUAUUCCCAAUGCCAAUGAGUUUGCCCAUGCCCGCGAUGCGAACUGUUCCACCGUGACAGGCAAUCGACCUCUAAUUUGGGAGAAGGCAUCCGGCAGCUUGAUCCACUCCUCGCUUUAA